AUUUUAUUUGGAUUAGACUGAGAAUGAACUGUAUUGUUAAGGUCAUGAAAAAGAUGAAAUGUUUUAAGGUUUCUGAUGAAGCUAACGAAGUUGAAGAAGUAAAGGAUACCAAAAAGCCAAAUGGAGAGAGACUUAGGUGCUAUAAUCAGAGUAUUGAGUACACCAAAGAGGUUAUCCUACAGUAUAACUAUCAGCACACUAGUCCUACUAAGGAUACAAAAAUUUCCAACAACAACUUUCUUACUGAUAAUAUAUACGCUUGAGGUCCUGAAGAGACUGAAGAGUUUGGCUCAGAGAUGUUUACACCUGUUAAGAGAGGCAGGAAGUUCUCUGACAAUUCUGAUCUUGCUACAUCUGCGUUUACAGAUCUUGAUCAUACCAGAGAAGAGCCAGAAGUGGUAGACUACAUUCCUUAUGAAGGUGACUGUGCAGUGACAAAGAAACAUCGCAAUUUCUUAAUGAAGAACCUGCGAUCAGCCAAAUAUGCAAUGAUCAUGAAUGAGAAAAUGGCUGAAAGGUAUGAAGGAGUAGAGUCUCAAAAUAUUGAGGAUCGUUGGAGAUUUAGAUUUUAUGAAUCCCACAAAUUGAAAGAGUCUGAUGACUGUAUCAUCGACCAAAUUCAAUUAUCUCCUUGUAAGAGAACAAAAGAUUCUUGCAGAAGUCAGCUAGAGCCCAUCCUAGAGUAUGAGCUGUAUGAAGAUGACUUUAGCAGCAUAGUUACUGAGAAGAUCAACUAAAAGCUCCUUAAUAGCCUUAUGCUUGCUUUACCAGCUCAACAAUAAAGUAAUUCAUUCUAAAAUUGCA